AUGGAACAGCAAGAGAAAGGGACUGGGCCCGAGGGGAACAACCUGUCCCCGCCAUCACCCGGGACUGAGCCGUGCCCCCCUGCACCUUUCCCAGCCUUGCCACCUUUCCCCCUGGGCACCCCAGAUCCAGCCCACCUGGGGCUCCCUGAGAGCUUGGCCUCUGUCACUGUCCCCAUCCGUCUGGACGCCCUCUCCUACCUCCUGCACAGCGCCCUGCUGGGGGCCUACACCCUUCAACAGUCCUUGCCCUCCUGCCCCUGCAACCCCCAGGCAUGCUGCACCCCCCAGGCAAGCUACACCCAGCCAGGCAUGGCCACAAGGCCACCCAGGGGACGCGGGGGCUGGGGCGUCCAGCGCAGGCCAGGCCGGGGCCAGGUCCAGCAGCGAUGGCAACCUGGAAGGGCUGAGAGGGGCUGGCCGCGGGGGUCUGGGGCUGGCCCCAAGACUCCACUGACGAUGCCAACAUCACCACCAACUCUGCCUGGUCAGGAUGGGAAGAAGGAAGCCCGAGGUCAGGAGCCACCCCAGGACACACCGCCUGCUGCAGCAGAAGACUGGGAGGCAGAGUACUAG